AUGCAAAUUCAUUUUUUCUUCUUUUUCUUACGUCAUUUGUGUGGUGUCAGUGAUGCCAGUAUUGGCAGUUGUGGGAUUCUACCGCACACCGUCUACCCCAAGUACUUAGUCUCUCUCCCCACCCGGCCCGGGUACACUCGAUCGAGGUCAGAUCGGCGCCAGCCUGUCGGUACUUCUCGGGAAGUUACACACCUGGCCUGCCAACAGAUAUUUUAUUUCCGUCUCGUUUUCUUUAAAAUACUUAUUCUAACUUCUGAGUUCAUCAUUUCCCUUUCGUCUUUUUUUAAAAUUCCUCUCACUUUCUUCUUUCGUUAUUCACGCUCUUUCUUUUUCAUUCACGAUUUUCGUUUACUCCUUCUAUAUUUUAUUUUCUUUCUCUUAUUUAAUAUUUCCUUUUUCUUUCCAUUCGUUUUUUCUUUUUUUUUCCUUUUCUUUCUUUGCUGCAUUUUUCUCCUAUGUUUUCAUCCAUUCAUUUUUUUUCUAUUUCCAUCAUUCUUUCUAUCUUUUCAUUCUUUCUCUUCGUAUCACUUUUCUACUCUCUAUUUCUUUCUUUUAAAAUCUUUCUGUCAUCACCUAUUCCUCAAAACCAUCUAUUCCUCACCAUUCCCUCUCCUUUCAAUUUUUAUUUUCAUCCAUCUUCUCCUCCUGCUUCCUGCAACCUCCUCCUCUUCUUCUUCUUCUUCUUCUUCAUCUUCUUCUUCUUCUUCGUUCACAUUUUCUCUUCUUUUCAUCCGCAUAUUUCGCAUUGUUUUCUUCUUACAAUCUUUUUUUUUCUGUUCUUCUUUCCCUUUCCCCAUUAUUUUUCCUCAUUUCUGCUCUCUCCCUCUCUUCCACCUCUCUUUUUCACUCUCUGUGUAUAUUUUUCACGUUUUCUUCUUCGUUUUCUGUUAUAUUAAUUUAUUUUUUUACAAACUUUUUUUCCCUUUUUCCGUAACUUUCUUUCUCAAUUUCCCAUUUAACUUUCUUUUCCUCAUUUGCUUAUUCUUUUUUCUUCUUUGCUCUACAAUCUUCUUUAACUCCUUCACUUCAUUUUUUUUUCUUCCUGGCUUCCAUUUUUACACUCUUUCCUCCUUUCUUCUUUCCUUGCUCUUUUUUCAUUCCUCAUCAGCAUCUCUUUCUUUCUUCCUCCCUUGCUCCCUUCAUUCCCUCUCCCAACACCUCUUUAGCCUUUCUCCUCUUAUUAACCAUUCUCUGCUUUCUUUCUCUAUCUUCCUCUCUUUAUGUUUGUUUGUCUCUCGCCUUUUCUACACCCCCCCUCACUACAACUCCUGA